AUGUCCCAUAAAUUAAUAUGGGCGGCCAGUCUUCUGUCUGUACCGCUGGGAGCGCUGGCGUUCGAGGCGCCCAUCAAAGACACGGACUACACGCGCCAACUGUGCAGCGGGAUGUACUCCAGCGACUCUACCUACAUCAACGUCACUUUCGACCAGGGAUCACAAGGGCAGCUCGCCAUGGUCAUCUACGAGUGGGGCGACUACAAAUAUCUCGGCAAGGUCACGUCCGAGGAGGAGGAGUGGCUUCCGCAGAGAACAUAUGUCUGCACAUCAGACGCAGUGAAGCAAGGCUUCUGCUCCCAGUCUGACGUCGGCCGCUUCAUUCUCGAUCUGCCAGAGAACACCGCCGUCUCCGACACCAGCUUCUGGUCCGCACGCGUCGCGUUUCCCGGAUCGAGCUCCGCUUCUUCUAAUGUGGCGACCAAAGACGGAGAGGACCUUGCCUCAUCCAGCGGCUUCUGGGACAACCCCGAAGGCAACCCAACACCUCCAGAUAGCGAAUACGCCUCUCCCUUCCGACGCGAUCUGUCAACCCGUCAAGCUCUGAACCCUAGCCCAACCGGUCUUUUCGAGUACAAGGAGCCCAUUCAGUAUCUGGUACGGAAGACAGGAUACUACUGCGUCGCCAUUGUACCCGUCACGGUCUUGCCCUCGUCGAAACGCCAAGACGACAACCCAGACCCGGACUCGCAGACGGAAGCUCACCCACACUACUCCGGCACCGUGUUGUUUAAGAACAAGUUCGAUGGACGGCUAGCUGCAACUGACUAUCCGAAGGUCAACUUCUACACUACGAUGCUGUUUGUGUACUUGGCGUUCGCUGGCGUAUGGGGUUGGUCAUGCUGGAAGCAUCGCGACGAGCUGCUGCCUAUCCAGUACUAUCUGUCCGGCCUCGUCGGUUUCCUGGUCAUCGAAAUGCUCGCCAACUUGACUUACUAUCGCUAUCUCAACGCCCACGGCAAAGGGACGACUUCCACCGUCUUCCUCUUCGUCGUGGCUAUCCUUGACGCUGGCCGCAACUCACUCUCCUUUUUCUUAUUACUUGUCGUUUCUCUUGGUCUGUCCGUCAUCCGCGAGGACCUAGGCUCUACCAUGCGAAAAUGCCAGAUCUUAGCCGGGUUCCACUUCGUGUUUGGAGUGCUAUACGCCGUGGGCAUCGUCGAGCUCGAAUUCGAGUCGACAUCGGCUCUAGUCCUUCUACUCUUCGUCAUCCCUCUUGCAUUCACACUCAGCGGCUUCCUCAUGUGGACACUGUACUCGCUGAACGCCACCAUCACCCAGUUGAAAGCGCGGAAGCAACACUUCAAGCUUCGCAUGUUCCAACGUUUGCAAUGGAUCCUCGCCUUUGUCGUGAUCGUCAUCACGAUAUUCUUCUUCGUAUCGUCCCUGACGUUCUCGGGGCGUCUUGCCGAGGAUUACGCCGCGAACAGCUGGAAGAUGCGCUGGUGGCUCCUCGACGGCUGGCUCUCCCUCCUCUACUUCAUCUCCUUCGCCGCAGUCUGCUACAUCUGGCGUCCGACACCCUACAACAGCAGGCUCCUCAUGUCCGAAGAGCUAGCCCAGGACGAAGAAGAUGCAGAGGACUACGAUCUUGAGGCCAUGGAAAGCCGUACCGAGCAGCGUCAUCGCGAUCGGGAGGAUGAUGAGGCGACGCUCGUCGGUGGUCGGGCGGGACACAGCCAGCUCGCGGACGAUGCGGUGGUGUUUGAGAUCGGGGAUGAGGACGCGCAUGAUUUAAGCGAUGAGGAGGACGACGCAGCAAAGAGGCAAAGGAGGCGAAGCUCAGGUCAUGAAGAUGACGACGAGCACGAUGAGCGUGCGGGCCUGAUGGACGGAGGGAAGAAGGACGACUGA